CCAACUGCCGGUAGCCAAUCUAUAAAACAUGGUGUCCCAUGUAGAGAGCCAGCCCGGUUCCCUUUUGUCAACUUCAGAGGCGGAGGGAUGGAGCAGCCACGGAGAGUCUGCUUCUUCCUCUUUGCCCUUUUGUCUGCCCACUUGGACACUGGCGGCAGCCUCCGCAGCAGGAUCGUCGGGGGUGGUGAAGCCAAGCCACAUACAAGGACGUACGCGGCAGCUCUGAAAGGAGACAGAGGUUUUCUUUGCGGGGGGUUCCUCGUGGCCCGUCAGUGGGUCCUGACUGCAGCCCACUGCAAUGGAGAUAUCUCCGUCAUUCUGGGUGCUCAUGACCUGGAGGCCGUCGAAAACACCCAGCAGGUGUUUGGAGUCGAAAGUUACCAUCAGCAUCCGGGUUAUACGUUGGUUGGUGGAACCCCUUUCAACGACAUCCUUUUGUUAAAGCUCGACCGUGAAGCCAAGAUCAACAAGUACGUCCAAGUCAUCCCAUUACCGGAAAACGAAAACGACCUCCUCAAAGACACAAAAUGCUUUGUGGCUGGAUGGGGCCGCAUAGAUGCGAGAUACGAAGCUAGCCCCAAACUUUUUGAGACCAAUGUCACCGCCCUUGGCCGCAGGAAGUGCCUCCAGUUCCUUCCGGAACUCACCGACGGGAUGGUGUGUGCCGGCAGCCGUGCCAAGCUCUGCGACGUCAGCAAUGGGGAUUCCGGGAGUGCCCUGGUCUGCAAUGGAGUCGCCCAUGGAAUAGUCUCCUAUGGCUUCCAAAUCCCGCCAUCAGUUUACACGCGUGUCGCUGCCUACCUCCCAUGGAUCAAAGAGACAAUGAAGGAAGAGUGAGGCCAGCGAGGAGAAAAGCAGCCAGCAGCUUCUUGUUCCCAGAUGGAUUCUUCCUGCCCCUGCUAGAGAGAGUCAGAUACGAUGAGAGACACACUUGGUCAUUGUGAAGUCAGGUGCACAGGCAACCCCUCUUCCUGUGGAUUGAUCACGGCUUUCCCCAGAGAAACCUCUGCCUUCUUUUGUACCGCUAGUGCUUACUGUUGCUUUAUUGUUUCCUGAAAUAAACAAACUUCAUUGCAAA